UCUAGCAAACCGUUCAAAGAAUGGCUGAGGGGAGACAAAAUGAUUUACUGACGAACACCACCUUAAUAAAUGAACUUGCUCAAGUGGCAGAAGAUUCAGCACUUUUGCACGGCUUCAUUGUGAGGCUUAAAGAAUCCCCCAACUCAUCAGAAGAGGUGACGCAUGCUCCCAUCACGCUCUUCCCCACGCCAAUGCCAAAAGCCAUUUUCCUCCAAGCCAUGGAAGUGCAAAUUCACUUCAACACGUUGGUGGAUAAGAUCAGCCAGGAUCCUGAUUUCCUGCAAGAGGCGCUUGCCAGCACAAUUACUGUGGAUGAUUUCACUGCACAGUUGUUCAAGAUACACCAACAUGUCCUCAAAGAGGGAAGGCUGCAGUCAAUUGCGUUGGGUUUAAAUCGAUCAGACUACAUGUGGGAACAGAAGGAUGGGCACACCUCUCUGAAACAGAUCGAAAUCAACACCUUUGCUGCUGCUGCUGGAGGUGUCGCCGCACGUAUACCUGAUGUACACCGACAUAUCCUUAAGGUCACUUGACAGUUGGAAGAGAGCCAGCGCAUCAUUGAUAACAACCCUUCGGAAGGUCUGGCCAAGGCUUUGGCCAAGGCAUGGGAGCUCUAUGGAUCAAAGCGAGCAGUUGUGAUGUUCCUGGCUGAGGAGAAUCAGAUCAAUAUCUUUGAUCAACGGAUAGUCGAGAAUGAGCUGUGGAAAAGGAAUAUUGCCACCAUACGAAAGCGUUUUGAGGACGUCUCUGCAUCUGGAAACCUUGACAAGAAUAAGAGGCUGUUUGUUGAUUGUCAAGAAGUUGCAGUCGUGUACUUCAGGAAUGGGUAUUUGCCUCAGCACUACAAGUCUAAAAGGGCCUGGGAUGCCCGCCUGAUGAUGGAGGUCUCUUUGGCUGUGAAGUGUCCGGAUAUCAGCACCCACCUGACUGGAACAAAGAAGAUCCAGCAGGUGCUUGCUAAGCCCGGUGUUCUGGAGCAUUUCUUCCCCGAUCAGCCGCAAGUAGCGGAGCAAGUGAGGGCCACCUUUGCUGGCCUCUACACUCUCGACAUGGGAGCAGAAGGUGAUGAAACAGUAGCGAUGGCUUUGGCAACACCGGAUCGGUUUGUUCUGAAGCCUCAGCGAGAGGGGGGAGGAAACAACAUUUACGGACAAGAGAUCUGUGAAGUCCUUGGCAAAGUGAAGGACAGUGCGGAGCGAAUGGCCUACAUAUUGAUGGAUAAGAUCCAGCCCGUGCCGACACGCAACUGCCUGCUCAGAAGAGGCAAGCCCCUCAAAAUAAGUUCUUGCCUAAGUGAACUGGGCUUCUUCGGAGCCUAUGUCAGGCAGGGUAAAGACAUGCUGAUGAACGAUUGUGUGGGCUAUCUUAUGAGGACGAAAAGUUCAGAAUACUUGGAUGGGGGUGUAGCUUCAGGAUAUGCAGUCUUGGACAACCCGCUCCUCUUUUGAAAAGAUUGUUCAACACACGUUGAGGCAAGAUGCUCCAGCAGCUUUCAAUGGAUUGAUCUUCUGUUGCCGUCUCUUGUCCUCCGUGCCUCGAUAUUCUCUCUUGAAUCCCCUCUGACUUCUGCCGGAGCAGACUAUAAGUUCUG